AUGUGUGAGAAGGACACAGCAAAAGAGAUGGUGGAACUGCAGGAAAACCCUGGUGACCGAGAGAUCCUUAAAGAUUAUAAUUCUGUUAUACUAAUCUCUCCUCGUAAUGAGACGGUGACCUCCUAUUUGCUUAACACAAAAUCUGCAAGUCCACAUUUCCACCAUGUUGAUAAAGACGACAUUGUGUCGGCCUGUAGGACUUAUUAUGAGAAGCUCAGAGUCGAGCGAGAAGAAAGAGGCUGCUGGAAGUGA